AUGGAUAGAACACUUAGUUCCAUAACAAAUAAAUUAAAUGAUGAAUUUGAUUCAAAUAAACGUGAUCAACUUAUUAUUCAAUUUCUUUUGAGUGAACAGAAUCUCACUCAACAAAUCAAUGUUCUUUAUUUACAUAAUGAAGUAACUUAUAAACUUCUUCAAGCAGUUGAUCAAAUGUAUGAAGUUGUUUCAACAAGUGAAAAUCAUUAUGAUAAUUUACAGAAUUGUUUUGUUCUUAGUGGUUCGAAUCUCAAUCAAAAUUAUGAAGUGCUUGGCAAUGAAGAGCAAUAA